GUUACGGUCACAGCACGCCACAGACAAUAGGAGGCAAAAUCUUCUGUAUGUUCUACGCCUUGUCCGGCAUUCCUCUUUGCAUCGUGAUGUUCCAGAGCGUGGGAGAGCGACUGAACACCUUCGUGACAUUUCUAGUGAAGAACUUGAGAAAAUGCUUCAAGAUGAAAAAUACCGAAGUGUCGCAAACUAAUCUUAUCUUUAUCGCGCUAAACCUGUCAACAAUUGUGCUCACUUCUGGUGCCGCUAUUUUCGCACACUUUGAGAAGUGGCCAUAUAUUGAUGCCUUUUACUACUGCUUCAUUACCCUUACCACGAUCGGUUUCGGGGAUUUCGUGGCGCUGCAGAGAAACAAUAUGUUGACAAACCAGCCUGAGUAUGUAACUUUCUGCCUCAUUUUCAUUCUCUUUGGUCUGACGGUUAUAUCUGCCGCAAUGAAUUUGUUAAUUCUUCGAUUUCUUACAAUGAAUACUGUUGAUGAGAAGAGGGAGGAGAGGGAAGCAGCGGCGGCCGCUAGAGGAGCAGUGAGACUAGACGGGGAUGUGAUCACCGCCAAUGGUAGUGUGGUGUCCGGAGCCCAAGAAGCACCUGAGUACAAUGACCUCGUUUCAGUAUGCUCAUGUUCCUGUUACAACCUUCGCUCAAAAGGGAAACCCAGGUACUCCGUAACCAGGGGCCCAGGGAAAAUAUCACAUUUACUUCCAAUGCAAUCAACUGUGGGCAAAGAAGACAGUCACAGUUGUACAGAGGACAGUGCGUCUUUCCUGCAGUGGCAACAUCUUGGACAAAAGCGGGCUUCAAUCUAG